UGCUCUUGGUACACAACAUGUCAAUCAACCACCCGUUUUAAUGGAGUGAUUCUACAAGAUGUGUCAUCUCUGUGAAAUCUGUCCUGUGUUCUGAGCAACAAGCACAAAGCUAGAGUGCAGCACGUGCACAUGUGGGCGUGCCUGAUCCUCUGUGGCUCCAGUGAAGGAAGUUUGCACUGAGGUGUGGGAUGCUCACAUGGCCCUGCAGUUAGAGCCCGAUGAGCACAAGAGACGAACACCGAACUUAUUUGGGCUGACGGGGCCAACGAGCAAGUGGAGCUGGAGGUACUAUGGCAAAAGACCACCAGAGACUGUCUGAGAGCAAACAACUACUGCACCAGCUCAAGGAACCACAAACAGAACACAGAACAUCACGGAAGUCCAGGAAGAAACUUCAAGUUAUCAUUUGUGCGCUGCUCGUAGAGUUGUGUGAAAGAUUCACUUUCUUUGGGAUUGUAUGCAACAUGAUCCUGUUCUGCACUGUGAAGUUAGGAUAUGACAACUACCUGGCUGCGUUCAUCAAUCUGAUGUUUGUAGGAGCCAGCACACUGACCCCGGUGCUUGUGGGAUGGUUUGCUGAAACAUACUUAGGAAGGACAAAAGUCCUCUACCUGUGUGCGUUCCUUCAUUUCUUUGGCACAGCCAUGCUUCCUGUGGUGGCAUUUCCAUUUGAAGAUUUCUACAUAGACAAUCAUCACAUCACGCACCAGCUGGAGCCUCGAGAGCAGCAGAUUCUCUUUUACACUGGUCUGCUGGCGGCAGCGUUGGGCAUUGGUGGCAUCAGAGCUAUACUCUGUCCUAUGGGAGCCUACAGCCUCCAGGGGUACAACCAGCACCAGCUUUUGUCUUUCUUCAACUGGUUCUACUGGCUGGUCAAUCUGAACUCCACUGUAGUGUUCCUUGGCAUAGCUUAUAUUCAACAAUCUGUGGCUAAAAAUCUUGGAUUUCUUAUCCCAUUCACUUCUGUGUUACUUGCUCUCAUGGCAAUAAACAUGGUGCGCAACAAAUUUACCUACAAGCCAAAGAAAGGUACAUCUCUGCUCACGACUCUGGGAGUGUUCAUUAACUCCUUCAGGAUGUGCUGCCUCCACUAUCGCCACAUCAGCGGAGAAGUCACAUCUUGGCUUGACCGGGCCAAAGAGAACAAUGGAGGUCGAUACAGCGAGACUCAUGUGGAGAAUGUCAAAGUCCUUGCACGGCUUUUUCCCCUCUAUGGUCUUCAGCUGUUCUACAGAGUCUGCAUUACACAAAUUCCUUCAGGUUACUACAUACAAACCAUGAAUUCAAACCUUCACAUGGAUGACCUUCUCUUGCCCAUCGGUGUGAUGAAUGUCAUCAGUAUCCUCCCUCUGCUGUUGCUGGCUCCUCUGAUGGAGUUGGUCACCUCCUGCUUCCUCUCCACAGGAAAACCUCCUCUGGCCCCCGUCAAAGUCAUCACUUUGGGCCAUGCUCUUGCAGCCCUCUCUCUGCUGCUGGCAGGUUUUUCUGAACUGCAGAGAAAGACCUAUCCUCUGGUGGAGCAAACUCUCUCUGGAAAAGUCUUGCAGGUCUCUUCCAUGCCCUGCUACUUCCUGGCCCCUCAGUACAUUCUCCUUGGUAUCGCUGAGGCUCUUGUGACACCUACCUGCUCAUUUAUAUCCUUCCAGUUAACUCCCAGUCACAUCAGAGGGAUCUCACUGCACUUCCUCACACUGUCCUAUGGAGGGGGCUGUUUUCUUGGCGCAUUCAUAGUUCUGCUUUUAUACCUGAUCUCUGGAGGUAAUUUCUAUCCAAAUGUUCUUCAUGAGGGAAAUCUAGAACGGUUCUUCUUUCUACUUGCCUUUCUUCUAGCUGUGAAUACACUUGUGCUUUGGCGUAUCUCCUACAGGUACCUUGACCUGUCUGUGCAGGGGAAAGCGAUAGGUGUUAGUCCUUUGACGGAGAAACUGCUGCAGUAUAAAGCCUGUCUACAGUUCUACAACACAGUCGAACUCUCCUACAUAAACCACUCAGUCGAGUCAAUUUUAUGAUUUACACUGUGUAACUUUUCUUCAAGUGGGUCCUCCAUUUGCUUGUAUCCAUGGAAUUGUUAUUACUUUACCUGCAACGUUCCAAAGUAUGGCACGAAGCGUUUCAGUCUCCAUAGAAACAAGCAGGAGAUGCCGUCAGGUCAAUUUACAUUUAUUUUUGAGCAAUACAUGUAUCCAUAAUUGAAUAAAUGCAUCUUAUGUAAGUUUAAUGCCAUAUUGUGGAACAUUGCAGGCAAAGCAAUAGUAUCUCCAUGGUGCUGGAUCCCCAAAAUGAAAAGUUACACAGCGUACCUUUAAAGUGUGUAUGACAGAUUUUAUGAGUUUCUAAUUUUUACUUUACUUUAAUUUGGUGAGGAAAAACUAUUGUAAAUAUAAAUUAUAGUUUUACACCAAUUAAGAAGCAAUUUGCAAAGAAAAGUUGAAAAUAUGUUGAAAAUUACAGGAAGUGGAGAGUUUUAAAACAUAUUGAGUCACA